UCCGCUCGGGUCCUUUCCACAGACCAGGUACUCAGAGGGGGAGGACGUCUCCUUCGAGGUCGUUCCAUCAAGCGGCGCGAGAAGUGGAGAUAAAAGAAAAGAGAGAGAUUUGCGAUCGAGAACCAAAAUACCAGGCCUGGAGACCCGCGGAUGGCGUCGUCGAGGGUGAUGCAGUCGUCCUUGACGGCGAAUUCGGAUCUCGCGUGCGAGCCCUCCGUAUAUUCUCUCACGAUGAGCGGCGACCAGGCCAAGAAUUUGGGAUCCAUGAGCAUGGACGACCUCCUUCGCAACAUUUACGGCGACGGCACAGCGGCGGCGGCGGCGUCGUCGCCGGCUACCCCCUUCGGCGGAGACGCCGAGGAGGCGGCGGCUCCGCCACUGCUGGCGCGGGAGGGGAGCUCCUCGCUGCCGAGGAGCAUCGGGAGCAAGACGGUGGAGGAGGUGUGGAGGGAGAUCUCCGGAGGGAAGAAGGCGGACGGAGGGGGAGAUGGGCCGGGGUACAAGGACGCCACCGCCGCGGCAGCUACGGCGGCGUACGGGGAGAUGACGCUGGAGGACUUCUUGGCGAGGACGGGGGCAGUGAGGGAGGAGGACGUUAGGGUUCCUCUGGGGUCGGCGGCGUCGGGCGGGUUCGGGGUGGAUGCGAUGAUGAACGAUCGGUUUGGUCAGCAGCAGGCGCAAUUGCCGCUCGAGAAUCCGAUGCUAGGGUUUGGAAAUGGGGUGGAGGCUGGGGGUGGGGGAGGAGGGAGAGGAGGGAGGGGGAGGAAGAGACCGGUGCUCGAUCCGGUGGACAGGGCGGCACUACAGAGGCAGAAAAGAAUGAUCAAGAACAGGGAGUCCGCCGCGAGGUCGAGGGAGAGGAAACAGGCUUAUACUGUAGAACUUGAAGCUAUAGUUACGCAGCUAGAGGAGGAAAAUGCUAGGCUUUUGGGAGAACAGGAGGAGGUCCACAGUCAGAGGCUUAAACAGCUUCGGGAGAACCUGAUCCCAGUUACCGAGAAGAAGCAGCCCCCACGUGCUCUGAGGAGAACUCACUCCAUGUAGUGGUGUACGGGAAAGAAAUUGACAAGCCACAUACCUCGCACCUUUUUUAUUCAGUCUUUGCCGAGCGACUAUUUCAGAGGUACGAGUUUACGUGUUAAAAGGUCAUCAGUGCAAACAAACUAUUUAAGAGGAACCGCAACCACCUUCCCUGGUCCAAUCCAAAAGACCACCUUCUCUAACUAUUGUUUUUUUUUUUAUUUAUUCUUAGGUGGAAAAGUGCGACAGCAUAGAUUCCAAUAACCAUGUCCGUUACCUAAAUAAUUUGAUCCAUGAUGGGGUUGACUUGUGUAUAUUUUUUUUCUCGGUUAUAGACGUUUCCACGCACUGAUUAGAAAUCCAACUGGUCAUCAUUACAGCAUACUAGUUAUAUAUGUUUCCUUUUUUCAGUUGGUUCCUUGUCUUUGUCGACGAGCCAAUUAUGACCUGGAUUAUUUCCAUGUUAUGAUUACGGUACUUCAGUUCUAUA